CAUCAACAACGUAACAUUAUUGUACGAUUAAAGAAAAGCUAUCAGUUUGCCGAUUUACUCUGUAUCUGUACUGUGUGGAGGUAGACCGCCCAACAACUGAUAAAUAGGCCUAGAUCUACGUUGUUCACCGUAUCCAGAUGACUGAAUCUGUGAUUUAGGCACAAAGUACUUCUACUUUCUCAGACAUGGGCAUUGUGAUGAGAUAGCAAUCACCAUCGAGUCUGCUCAGCCCACCGCCGCUACUCUGUUCAUUUCCUCGGCCAGAACAUCCUCCUCCAACGGCCCUAUCAUCACAAGGAGAGACCGGUAAUCAUUCUCAGCCCUACCCCCCUCCAUUCGCGUCCACCCUGUGCGUGGCCGGAAGCUGCAGGUGAAAUUGAUCACCAGGCAUCCAAAACCAGAGACGUCGGGUUCUUGGAGGUGCAUGCACGCGAAGAAAAGAACAGAAGCCAGAGAGGAAACGGCAGGAGAGAUAUAAAGAGUGGGAGAGAAGAAAGGAGAAAUUGAGGAAGACAGCAAGGGCUCUUGAAGAAAGUGAAGAGUAUUUGAACUGUCUGUGAAGAACCAGGAGUUGCCAUGGCAACACAGAACGGUCAUACCAGCGUCCACGUCUCAGACACCCAGACGUGGGAGAGGAACAAGAAAUACACGGUUUACAAGGUGGUGGUCGUGGCUGCAGGGAAGACCUGGUUCAUCUUCCGGAGAUACAAUGAAUUCCACAAACUCUAUGAAGUUCUGAAGAAGAAGUUCCCCGGUGCAGACCUCAAGCUGCCGGGCAAGAAGCUCUUUGGCAACAACUUUGACCCAGAAUUCAUCCGUCAGAGAAGAGAAGGCCUCCAUGAUUUCAUCCAGAAAAUCAUCAACAAUCAGCAGAUAUUACAGCAUGGCGAGGUUCAGAACUUCUUGUCUCUCGAUAAUCCGAGGAAUAACCCUGAUAACAGCGUGGCGGACGAGAACAACACAGACUUCUUCAGUGACCCCAACGACCCGAACACCAUCAACCUGGGACCAUCGGCUAAUCCAUCGGCAAGACCAAGUGACUUUGAUUUCCUGAAGGUGAUUGGCAAGGGUAGCUUUGGCAAAGUCCUGUUGGCCAAACACAAGAUCGAUGGCAAGGUGUAUGCAGUCAAAGUGCUACAGAAGGCUGCCAUCGUCAAGAGGAAUGAGGCGAAACACAUCAUGGCCGAGAGGAGCGUCCUCCUGAAGAACCUCAAGCAUCCUUUCCUGGUCAGUCUCCACUACUCCUUCCAGACGGCCGACAAGCUCUACUUCGUCCUGGAUUACGUCAACGGCGGAGAGCUCUUCUUCCAUCUGCAGAGGGAGAAGUCCUUCCCAGAGGUCAGGGCCAAGUUCUACGCGGCGGAGAUCGCCAGCGCCAUCGGGUACCUGCAUUCCUUGGAUAUCAUCUACAGAGAUUUGAAACCUGAGAACAUUCUCUUGGAUCACGAUGGCCAUGUUAGACUGACAGACUUUGGUUUGUGCAAGGAAGGGAUCGCAGCCAAGAAAACCACCUCAACCUUCUGCGGCACACCAGAGUAUCUGGCACCAGAAGUAUUAAGAAAGCAGGAGUAUGACCGAAGUGUAGAUUGGUGGUGUCUUGGAGCUGUUCUCUUUGAGAUGAUGUCGGGAUUGCCUCCAUUCUACAGCAGAGACACAGCCGAGAUGUAUGAUAACAUUCUCAACAAGCCACUCCGAAUGAGGAGCUCUGUUUUCUCACCAAGUGCCAAGGGUCUCCUCGAAGGGCUGUUACACAAGGAGAGAGCCAAGAGACUGGGUGCAGGAGACAAGGGCUUCAAGGCCGUCAAGCAUCAUGAGUUCUUCAGCUCCAUCAGUUGGUCAGACCUGGAUGGCAAGAAGAUAACUCCUCCUUACAAUCCAAGAGUGAGCGAUAGCAUGGACGUGAAGAACAUCGAUCCAGAGUUCGUCAGGGAGCCCGUUCCAAACUCCGUCGGCAAGUCGGUCGACCCCAACACCGUGAGCGCAAGCGUGCAGGACGCAGACAAUGUCUUUGAAGGCUUCACGUACGUCCCUCCCACCGUGGGCUUGGAUGAUCCUUAGGCACAGACACAAAAGAUUUCUUUUUCAUUGAGUUACCUCCUUUUUCUUCAUUUUGUUUAAUGUCUGAUGAGAUGGGAGGCCAUUUUUAAUCACAUCUGCCCAUAUUCGUGAAAGCGGCCAAAAAUUGAAACAAGGCAUAACUUACAUAGUCUUCUGAUGUAUACGGGAACGCCAAGUGUCAACCUCAAAGUUCUAUAUUGAUUAUUGUCAUCAUGAAUAUGAAAUUGAUAAACUAAUGCAAACUUAUUAAAUUAAGAUGUUGGGAACUGACUUAUCUGAUGCGCUACAGGCUAAAUACAGGAAAGACUCAGCUCCCAUAACCAGUUGGUAACACCAGAAUCUUAUUACAGAGCGACACAUUUCUGUGUAUUUCAUUUAGUUACAGAAUUGUGCCCAUUUAUACAGGAUGAAAAAGUUAACAUUUGGCGCUCCAUAAAUUGGUAGACGAAAUCAGCGCACUUAGCCGGGUUCAAGCCAUCCCUAAAGGUAGGGCGGCUUUCAAGAAUAUGUGCCGUUGUGCCCGAGAACCAGUAAGGCGGUGAUUCCAUCUGAGGCAUAUUAGAGUGCUUUCGCAAACACGCAAACAUGACGGAAGCAAAGACGACUGGAGAAUUACGGCAAUACAGCUCUUCCGUCGUGUUUAGGGAACGGACGCUAUCAUGGCCGCGUAUGGACGUGAAAAUCAACAAGACGGAGAAAAUUCUGAUUCGCGCAUGCGCAGAUUUAUUUUUUCGCUCGCUUUACCAUCGUCUUUGCUUUCCAUCGUGUUUGCGAAAGCGCUCUAUUAUUGAUAAUGCCCUGCUGGCUCUCGGCGGAGAGUGAGGAUAAACCAAGUGAUGAAGUACAUGUAAAAAGAGAGUGUUCCUUAUAAGUGUCUUUUGAGAGAUUAACUCUACAGAUUUUAAAGUUUUUAGCCUUGCCUAUCACUCAACUGGAUCGAUUGAGACGGUCGUAGAAUGACGUCGUUUUAAAUCGUUGAUGUAGUUCUCGCAAAAAUAAGAGAAGAAUGUGUAGCGGAGAGUUUCAACUCAUGCUCUUUUAAUACAGAUUGCCAAGAUUGAUUAAUUUCUUGCCCCUUAUAGCAUCUCGUGAUAUAACUGUCAAAUAUAUAUAUAUAUAUAUAUAUAUAUAAUCCAAAUCAGUUUCAGUUUGAAGCAAUGAAUAGUAUAAUACUUGUAGCUUGUGUGGAAUUUUAUUCUAAAAACCAUGCUAAUUUCCCAGAAAUUAUCAGAAAUGAUGUUUAGUUUUGUAUGAAAAAACAUGCAGUCUGUUCUAAAUCGUGCGAUUGAAUAUUUCUUAUAAUCAAGGAGAUGAAUCUAUUUUCUCAAGAUGUCGCCUUUCCUUGUUCCUCUCUUCUUGUCUUUCGUCUCUUCUUUCCUUCGAUCUUUCUUUCCUUCCAUGAUUUGAAAGCUAACAUGCGGGACAUGUUAAGUAUGUACACCAACAAAUUUAUCCCAGAAAUAUAUCUUUGAGCUCCACGACAUCUAAACAUUCUUUAGAAAAAAUUGAAUAUGAAUAGACCGUUUGCUUUGAUCUGUCGCCCCUUCUUUCUACUGCUUUGCUACUGGUUCUUCUACCUCUCUUCUGUUUAUUAAAAAAUGAUUGUUUCCCUUUCUUGUAAAAUCAAAGCUUUUUUUCCCAUGGAAUCUUUCAAAUCAAUUUUUUCUCCUCUCGAAUAUCUGUAGAUUAUUGCUUGCCUGUAGAAUUAUUUUAGCAUUUGUGCCUUCAAACAUUAGAUUUCUUGCUUUCUAAAUCUCUUUCAAAAUCUCAUGCAGAUUUGAAAUCUAAAUUUUCCUUUCUGAGACUGGAAAGUGAAGAGGGAAAACGAUUUUGAGAGUAAGACUUCUCUUUCCAAGGAUGUUGUCAUAUUUCCUGUUUUAGAAUCCUCUCUUAUUUUUCUUCAUCUUUCUUAUACACUUUCGGUUAGGAAAGUGUUUUAUCAAUGGACAAUUCAAAAGCUUUAAGACAAUAUUUAGAAUAGGAACGAAUGCAAAGAUUGAGAGAUGUUUUGUUUUUAAUUAAAGGAACGCGAUGUAAAUGAAAAGAUGAACAUACUUUAAGUGUUUCAGGGCAUCUUGUAAAAUGUUGUAAAUAUGUACAUGAUCAAUUAGAUGAAAGAAAUACAGAGCAGAAAUACAAUUGUGGUAUUAUCAUGUCUUGUAAAUGUAUUCAAAUUCUUAUGUUGGUGCCUAUACAUAUGCAUUCUUGUUGUACAUUGUACAUUGUUUUGGAGAGAACAUUUUAUCAUCCACCAUCUUUAAAAUAUCUUAUAUUGCAAAUGCUGCUUUUAAUCUGAGUCAUGUAAUUUUUUCUUGAAAUAUCCUAUGAAAGCAAAAUCAAGUAAUCUGCGGACUUUAUGCAUUCCCAUCACGCUCUGCAUGAAGACUUUUUCGUCCAGGCUCAUAAUUUGUACAAGCUAUUAAAGGUUCUAUGCAUAAAUUAGUUUUUAGUCGCCAUAAUUGAUUUUGCUAUAUAUGUAAUGAAGGUGAACUACAAAAUCUCAUUAAUUAUGCAGGGAAUUUGAAUUAUAUUAAGUUGAUGUUUCUUCAAAUGUUUAUAUAUUUUUUAAAUGCAUUACUUAUGAAAUAUUUCAGAAUGAACAUGUGUAAUGAUUUAUAACCACCCGCUCUGAUUUUCUUCUUAUGAUUUGAAGGGGAAAAAAAAUUAAAUUUUAAGCUGCUUAAUUUUACAGAUACAGCAUAAGAACAAAACUUUGCAUCUUGUUUUGUUAUUGUUCAUUUCGAUCCCACCUUUAUUACUGGUAAUGUACGUUGCAUACAUGUCUCAAGAUGAAGAAUAGAUCAAGAAUUGUCGUAACGUUCUACUGCCAAUUUGACGAGCGUUUAGUGCUUCAUCGCCUCCUUAAUUGACAAGAGAUUUGCUUUCAAUGUUUCAGACAUUUUGAUGAGUUUGCUUUCUUUUAUUUUCUUCAGGAGUUUGAUCAAUUACUGCCUCUUUUACAUGUUUGCAGUAAUUCAGAGCAAUAUGUUUCUUGAUUUUGAAACAGUAAAUAACUUCUUUUAUAUUUUAGUUGACAAAAUAACCAGCUGUUACCAUAGAAUACCAAUUAUCUUUGUAUGUUUUUUUGCAAUAUAGAUGUCUCUAAACACUGAUAGCUUGUUGGAACAAAUCAUAGACAGUAAUUUUUAAGUUCAUUUUUUUCCUUUUACUUCUAACAUUAAAGUCUUGUAUUUUCCAUUGUAGGCAUACAUGUACGUAUUUCCUUUUCUUUUCCAAUUUCAUAAACAUGUUGUAGUUUUAAUUUUCAUCCCUCUUCUUAUUUUUGUGUAUGUUCCUUUGCUAAGCUUAUUCAUGUUUAUUUUAAACCAUGUUUGCAGAUGGAAUGGUUUCUAAAAUUUGAAAAAGCAAAAGCAAACUUCAUACAAAAUAUUUUUUCUUCUGCUCUUUAGAUCAUUUUUAAUCUGAUUUUGCAAUAACCGGGUGCUGCACACGAUGUAAAAAAUGAUAACAUGACAGUUAAUUUUAUAUAAUUUAUCAUUAUCAAAUCCUCAAUGAUUUGAUCUCAUUCUUUUUUCAUGGGAUGGAAUUUGUUUGUAUUUUGAGUUACAUUUAAAAAAAAAAGGAAUUGAGUUGAACAUGCAAAGAUACAUUCUGUGACAUUCUCUGCUUUCGUACUGAACUUUAAUGAUAGUAUUUCAAAGCUACUUUAAAAAAAGAAAUAUGGCCAAAUACGCAGAUUUACUUCAACAUUCAGUGUGACCAGUCAUUCAAACAUUGCCAUUGCUUUGUAAUGUCCUGUAUACCUCCACCACCGUUUACUUCAGUAAGCAUUGGUAAGGUAUACUGGUAGAUAGAAACAUAGCAAUUUGUGUUUUUACCAGAUGCAUGAAAACUCACUUUUAAGGACCAUGCACCUGGACCAUUGCGACAGGAAUGUUGAAAUAUUUCUUUUAGAAUACAUUGCAUAAUUUGCUAUCGAUAAUCUGUAAAGCAUCAGCCACUCAAAAUCUAGCAUUCUCUAUAAUGAUGGUAUUUCCAGAUGACUUGCCAUCAACUGUGACAUUUCCGGUAGGAAAUGUUGCAUUAAAGCUGUCUUUGAAUGCAAAGUUGUAAUCAAGAAUGAUUUUUCAUGUAUGAGCCAAUCAGGAGUGUAAUGUAAAUUAUUAAGGUGGAUCUUGAUUGGCUAACCAUGAUUGUACAUUGUAGCUUGCAUUCGCAACUUGAUGCAAUCAAUCUCUUGAUUGCAUUCUCUUGUUUGCAUGAAAACCAGGUAAUGAUGCCUCAAGCUUUAUUUUUAUCAUUCACGUACCAAUUUUGAUGAUGGUAUAUAUAAACAAAAAUGUACAUGCUAGUGUCUUUGAAUGUACAGCAAUGAUAGUAUUCAAAUAUCAUUGAAACAAAUUUGUACAUAUAUCUCAUUUUUGUAAAAUGCAAAUUGAACUAUACGCUACAAAUGUUCAUAUAGAUUAUGGCAAAUGUGAUUUCUAGCAAGUCAGUAUCAUUGAAUGAGCGAACUUUUUUCAGAAUGUUUGUCUUACUUGUUUGUUCUUUUGAGUAGAAAAAAAAUGCCUCGAUUUGUUCAUGAUCAAGUUUUCUCUUUUAAACAUCUUCUAUUCCUGUACAGUAUUUCAGAGUAACCAUGCUAUUGAUGAAUUCUGUAUAUAAAAUAUAUAUUAUGCAGUGUUAUUAUCUCUUGUCAGUCAUUAUUUCUGUAUUCUUUCUGUCAAAAAAUGUAAGAAUUUAUUGAAUCAAAGUACAACUCGAUCUUACAAUUACCGGAAUUUUAUUUUGUAAUGAUUAUUAUUUUAUUAAUACUUAAUUACUAAUGGGCAUUCUCUAUCAAUUAUGUGACAAAGCGACUUAAACUUGUAGAUUAUGAUAGAGUUGUGACACUGAAAAUGUUCUUCUUUUUUUUCGUUCCUUUUUAAAUUUCAUGUUAAUUAAAUUCCAAGGGAAAAUAUGUGCAUUAAGACAUAACCUGUUUGCAUCGACUGGAAAAAGCCUGUGUGAAAUGGGCUUCAUUCAGAUUUUUUAGUUUGAUUAUCUAGUAAAUCAUGAAGUGUAUAUCAACAGACCAGGAAAACAUUGUAUUUGUUUGUGUCAUCGUGUUUGGUAAUACAUUCUGAGAAACUCUUAAUCAGGAGAUCCAAAGCAAUCUUGCGCCAAAUGGACCCAUGUGAAUGAUUACCGUUUCUUCAUACUUUUUUCAUACUUUUUUCAGAACCAUUCAUUGAAAUCAUUUGUUUUUAGAUGUGACUUGUUAAAGAUGUACUGCUCUGUGACUAUUAUGGAAUACAAUGUGGACCAUUUUAUUGCUUGGAUAUUGUCUGUAUGUUCAGAGAGCAUAUUAUUUCUUGUGAUUGGACGACCAACGUAUUAAAAGAAUUGAAUUGUACCGUGUAAUCGUAACGAGACAAGAAUUUUCAAAUGUUGAAGGGUAGGGAAGUGGUGGAGUGUUUUGACUACCAACAGUGCUUAGAACGUGUAUGCUCAGUGGCAAAAAGGGUGUUAACUGGAGUCAUCUAUUCACAGAGUUUGGCCAACUUGGUUUCAUUUAGUGACAAUUACAUGGCGUAUAUUCUCUUGUUUCGUUCUUUUGCCCAACUCAAACCGGGUUAGCCAAACUCUCCAAAAGAAUGGCUCUGACUUGAACGGUUCAAUUCCCUUUUAACCCUCAGCAUGCAAUGACAUAGGAUACCCGCCUCCAACCGUUGGAGUAGCUCGGUUAACGCAUGUGAUAUCAGGGAAAAAGGACUCAAGACAAGACGGAAAAGAACAACGUAUUAAAUAUUUUUGUAUAAUCCAA